GUUGAAUAUGGGAAAACCCUGUCAACGUGAGUCAGAAUGGUUUUAAUCAAACCUGAAUUCUGGGUGAGCUUUUUCAAGUAGGAAAUUAAAGGACCAAAAACAGUCGCUGUCAUAAUGGAUCCUGAAGGAGCUGGUACUUGUACUCAAGCUCCUUUUUGCUGAAAGGCAGCAAGAAUUUGUGAUGCUUUAGUGCUCUGCAGGGGCCCAGGAUGACUUGGGCAUUGAAUGCUUCCCACAGAACAUGUUGAUUUUCUUAGCGGUAAGUUAUGAACUCUCCGGACUGAAAUUAUGGCCACCGUACCUUUCCUAACUAUUUUAAUUCUUGUAGGUGAUCUAUCUGCCAUCUGUGCCUUGGACACUUCCUCAUAAUGGAGUUCCCUGAUUUGGGGAAGCAUUGUUCAGAAAAAACUUGCAAACAGCUAGAUUUUCUUCCCUUAAAAUGUGAUGCAUGUAAACAAGAUUUCUGUAAAGACCAUUUUACUUGUGCUGCACAUAAAUGUCCCUUUGCAUUCAAGAAGGAUGUUCAGGUCCCAGUGUGCCCACUUUGUAACAGCCCUGUCCCAGUAAAAAAGGGAGAGAUACCAGAUGUGGUGGUUGGUGAGCACAUUGAUCGAGACUGUAACUACCAUCCUCGGAAGAAAGAGAAGCUUUUUAUGUACCGGUGCUCGAAAGAGGGGUGCAAGAAGAAAGAGAUGCUGCAGGUGGCCUGUGACCAGUGCCGUGGCAGUUUCUGCAUUCAGCAUAGACACCCUCUGGAUCACAGCUGCAAGCACGGGGGCCGCCCCGUCGGCGCAGCCAGGUGAGAAGAGAGGCUGGCUCUGGCGUGUCGCUCACGUACAGUGACAUCAGUGGGCGCGCCUGACCCCUGUGGUGGAGAUAGGGCAACUUUGAGCCUUGUACCGAACUAAGUUGUUGAGGUGAAAUAUUUUUUGUAGGAGUUUGGCUGAAUGUAAUCAAAAUUAAAGUUGGAUUCUAAAUUGAAGUUGGAUUCUAGUUGUAUUGUUUCCAGUGGCUGCCAAAACAAAGUACCG